CAGAAGAUAUGGUGGGUGUGUAUUCCACUACAGAGAAGGCAGUGAUCCGAAACCAUGUGUCGUACAUCUGCCGGAAGCAACAUUGUGCCGACACUCUGGUUCUAUACUUGAACUCACCAACACGCAACGAUGGCACCAUGCUGCUGUGGGACGCCAAUCUAAAUGGCAUCGCUGAUCUGAAGGAACGAUAUUCAGUAAAUGAGCUGCUGGCUGACCUCGCUGGAUGCAGGGCCACUCGUGUUCUUCUAUUCGUGGAUCAGAGCUACAGUGGCGUCCUGUCCAAAAGGCUGAGCAAUUCACAGAAACAUCUCAACGUAGUUCUGGUCCAGGGACCAGCUUGGCACAACCAUCCUUACCAGAACCAGAGGCUGAGCCAUGGAGAGGAUGGCAGCAACUGGUCCCUCAUUAGCUCUACCACCUGCCUCUUGGACCACCUGGGACAGGCAAGUUUUCACAAAAAAAAAAAAAAACCCAUUCUAUUCUGUCUCUUCUGGACCAAGUUUUUAAAUCUCAUCAUCCUCUCUCAGGUUGAAGGUAUAUCUCACCGACUGGAGUCACGGGCUGCCCUUUUAAAUGUUACGUUGGCAGGUGCGCCUUGCAACGCAACUCCACCUCUGACAGACAGCGAGAUGCGCAGAGAGUACCAGGGCUGCCAGAACCUGCCGACAGCUCUAUGGCACCAAAAGUACAGAAGGACCAACUGAGAAGGACAUCAAAACCUACUGAGAGAUGAAAAAAGACAUGGAAAAAGACCGUCUGUAAACAUUUCCACUACAGACCUGUAAAUGUACUGCUCUUUAUUUGUUUCUUUUAUUUUUUCUAAGGUAAAGUCCACAACCAGAAAGUUUCUGUGAAUACAACAGGUUUUUUUUCUUUAAGACUUGCAUCCACAUAAGGCUGAUACAGCAGGUAAAAUAAGUA